GCGGAAGUGGGGAUUGUUGAUGGAUUUCCGGUGUCCGGAGGAUGCUCGCCCCCCUCUGGAGAGACAGACGGAGUGACAGAAGCGCUGCGAGCUGAGGGAGGCUCUGCCCGGGGAAGAAGAGCCGAGGCCACAGCGGGCACUACGCCGAGCUGUCAGCGAGUCCUGAUGGUGUGAGAUUGGUAUUUAAAAGUAAAUUUGGGUUUCAAAUCGCUGGAUUAAAGAAUCUCAUCUUUUGCUGGAGUGAAAGUCAGAAGGCAGGAAACGGAGGACGCCAUGGCCAGCAGGGGGAGCUUAAGGGCUAAUGGAGUAGGCCAGACAAAGAUCUGUCAGUUCAAGCUGGUGCUACUUGGAGACAUGGCAGUGGGCAAGUCCAGUCUGGUAUUACGGUUCGUCAAGGGUCAGUUUGAUGAAUUUCAAGAGACCACUAUAGGAGCUGCCUUCUUGGCUCAAUCUGUGUGUCUGGAUGAUACAACUGUAAAGUUUGAGAUCUGGGACACUGCAGGACAGGAACGAUAUCACAGUCUCGCCCCCAUGUACUAUAGAGGAGCUCAGGCUGCCAUUGUGGUAUUUGACAUCACCAAACCGGAAACAUUUGAUCGUGCAAAGGCAUGGGUAAAAGAGUUACAACGGCAGGCAAGUCCUAAUAUUGUGAUUGCUUUGGCUGGCAACAAGUCAGAUUUGGCAGAGAAGAGGAUGGUGGAAUUUGAAGAGGCUCAGGCAUAUGCAGAAGACACAAGCUUGUUAUUCAUGGAAACAUCAGCAAAAACCGCAAUGAACGUGAACGAGUUGUUUUUAGCAAUUGCAAAGAAAAUGCCGAAAUCUGAUGCCCAGAAUCCAACCCACGCUGCCCGCAACAGAGGCGUAAAUCUCCAGGGCUCGGAUCAGCAACCCAGAAGCGGGUGCUGCAGCAAUUGAUUUAACACACUGCAAGAACAAACGCCUUCUGUAUGCAUUUUUUACACAGAUUAUUGUGAACACUGGUUAGGAUGCUGCCCCCUAUUUUCUACAGCUGGUGGGAAUUUAUUUGGCUUAAUUUUUUUUUUUUUUUUUUAUCAUAGUGUUACAAAUGAGAAACCACAAAAUUGUAAAAGAAAAAAAAAAAAACAUAACGCUCCCAUCUUCAAAAGGAAAAAAAAAAAAAAAACAUGGUUAUCCACGGUUGAUGAUAUUUGCAGUAGUUGGUUACCAUGCAGCAGGUCUGACAGUAUGAAGUGUGUUAUGCUUUUCAUUGAGCAAGUCCCAGUGACUGUUAAGAUCCUGCUAUUGCAAGUUUAAAUCUUCAGAGCGUACAGCCACAUUUGGCCUGAACUCUGUACUCUGUAUCUCUGUCGAGAAUAUACCAUUUGGGGCAGUAUUAUUCAAGCACUUAAAGGAUUAUCUGCUUAUGACUGAACUUGGUCUGAUAUAAAGGUGUUAAACUCUUCAGCAGACAUGAGAAUUCUAUAAAGCCGAUAAGACUGCUUUUUUUUUUUUUACCCUCUACCAACACUGUGUGCAAAAAUCCUCCACCUAUCCGAAGACCUAAUGAAUUAAGACUCUUGACAUCUCCAACAUGGCUGUUAUGUUACUUGGAUGUGAUUCGUUCUCCUACUUCCCAGAUGAACAAAGCACUGUGGAUCUGUUGCACUUUACCUUCCAUCCAUUUCUGUCUACCCUGAAAACACUUUUCAACUGCCUGUGUACCUUAUUUCCCUCCUAUUAUAAAAAGAACAGCUUCAAAAAAGCGAUAGAAAAUAUGCUCUGAAUAAAACUUUUGUAUUUGCACCUUCAUAUAAUGUUUUACUUGAAUCCUAAAAUAUUGAUUUUUAAUGUAACAUUAAAGCAAAGUGAAUCAAA